UUCUUUUUCUCUGUUAUUCUCUGCGUCCGAUCGUCCUCUUCGGCGAGUUCGUCGUCGAGUUUCAGUUUUUUCGUUCAGAAAUUGAGGUGCAGUGCUUGGGAAGUUUCCGGAGUAAAGGGAAAGUGUAGGAUAAUCUGAGACUUUGGGUAUGGACAUUGUCUUGUCAGUUCAUACUUUUUAGGGUGGUCAGAAAAUUGAAGAGAUGAGAAAGCACCGCAUGGGGAGUUCUAUCAAAUCCUUAUUUGGCAGUCACAUUCAAGAAGAAAAGGAUGAAGAGCUGGAAGGAGCUAAAAUAGAAAUUGAUGAUAACGUGAAUAAAAUCUUAAAGCUUAUCAAAGAUGAAGAUCAAGAAGAAAAUGAUGAUAUUCCAGUGGCAAACUCCAAAAGAGAACGAUUUGCAGAGCUAAUCCAGGAUUUCCACAAACAAUACCAAUCACUCUAUUCACGGUAUGAUAAUCUAACGGGAGAGCUAAGGAAAAAAAUUCAUGGCAAGAAAGAAAAGGACAGCUCUUCAUCUAGCUCAGACUCAGAUUCAGAUGAUUCUUCAAAGGAAAAAAGCAGCAAAAACGGAAACUUGGAAGGUGAACUUCACAAAAUACUGGAUGGGCUUAAGCAACAACUGGAAGUAGCACAUCUCGAAGUUGCUGACUUAAAUAGGAAAUUGACCGCUACAACUGAAGAAAAGGAAGCUUUAAAUUCAGAAUACUUGAAAGCUUUGAGCAAGAUGCAAGAAGCAGAGAAAACGGCUGGAGACUUGAAGAGUCAAGCUGAAGGGUUAAAUGGUGAAAAGACACAACUUCUUACUGAAAAUAGAGAGCUGAAUCAACAACUGGACACUUUCAGGAAGAUAGAGGCUGCUCUGAAUAAAAAAUUGGAAGAUACAGAGAAAGAGAAAGAUGACCUGGUCAAGGACAAAGACUAUGCUAUAAGAAGGAUUGAAGAGGGAGAAAAGAUUGCAGCAGACUUGAAAACCAAAGCUGAUCGGCUAAUUGAUGAGAAAGCCACACUUGGGCAGGAGCUAGAAGCUGUUAGAGAGGAACUUUCCAAUACAAAACAGCAGCUCCGAUCUGCAGAGCAGCAAGUAUCUAAUUCAAGCCUCUCUGUGAAAGAUAAAGAGGAAGAGAACACAUCUCUAACCUUGAAAAUUUCGGAGCUUUCAAACGAGAUUCAGCAGUCACAGAACACAAUACAAGAGCUCUUGGCUCAAUCAAGUCAGUUAAAGGAGAAAUUGGGAGAGAGAGAAAGGGAAUAUUCAUCGCUCUCUGAGCUACAUGCAGCACACGGGAGUGAAACAUCAUCUCGAAUAAAUGAAUUUGAGAUGCAAGUGGCAGCCCUACAACUGGAACUGGAGUUAUUGCGAGGUCAGAAAAGGGAUAUGGAAGUGCAAAUUGAGAGUAAAGAAACUGAAGCAAAACAACUGAGAGAGGACAGCGCAGGACUACAAGUCCAGAUUUCAGGACUUUCAAAUGAGAUUCAGCAGGUGCAGGAGAGAAUACAAGAGCACUUGGCAGAAUCGAAUCAGUUGAGGGAGAUAUUGGUUGUCAAGGAAAGGGAAUAUUCUACGCUCUCUGAGAUGCAUGAGACACAUGGGACUGAAACAUCAGCUCGGAUAAAGGAAUUAGAGGCACAAGUGACCGAACUGAAACUGGAGCUAAAGUCUGUGCAGGGUCAAAAAAGAGAUGUGGAAAUGCAGAUUGAGAGUAAAGACACCGAAGCAAGACAACUAAGAGAGGAUAACGCAGGACUACAAGCCCAAAUUUUAGGACUUUCAAAUGAGAUUCAGCAAUUACAAGAGACCAUAAAAGGGCACUUGGAAGAAUCUAGUCAGUUGAAGGAGAAAUUGGGUGUGAAGGAAAGGGAAUACUCUACUCUGUCUGAGACGCACGAGGCACAGGGAACUGUAACAUCAGCUCGAAUAAAGGAAUUAGAGGCACAAGUGAUGGGCUUAGAACUGGACCUGGAGUCUUUGCAGGGUCAGAAAAGGGAUGCGGAAAUGCGGAUUGCUAGUAUAGAAACUGAAGCAAGACAACUAAAAGACGAGAUCGUAGGAUUGCAAACCCAAAUCUCACAGAUUUCAAAUGAUCUCCAGCAAGCACAGGAAACCAUAAAAGGGCACUUGGAAGAUUCUAGUCAGUUGAAGGAGAAAUUGGUUGUGAAGGAAAGGGAAUACUCUACUCUCUCUCAGACGCAUGAGGCACAGGGAACUGAAACAUCGGCUCGAAUAAAGGAAUUAGAGGCACAAGUGACAAGCCUAGAACUGGAGCUGGAGUCUUUGCAGGGCCAGAAAAGGGAUGCGGAAAUGCAGAUUGCGAGUAUAGCAACUGAAGCAAGUCAACUAAAAGAGGACAAUGUAGGACUGCAAGCCCAAAUCUCACAGCUUUCAAAUGAACUCCAGCAAGCAAAGGAGACCAUAAAAGGGCACUUGGAAGAUUCUAGUCAGUUGAAGGAGAAAUUGGGUGUAAAGGAAAGGGAAUACUCUACUCUUUCUGAGAUGCACGAGGCACACGGAACUGAAACAUCGGCUCGAGUAAAGGAAUUAGAGGCACGAGUGAUAGGCCUAGAACUGGAGCUGGAGUCUUUGCAGGGUCAGAAAAGGGAUGCGGAAAUGCAUAUUGCGAGUAUAGAAACUGAAGCAAGACAACUAAAAGAGGACAAAGUAGGACAGCAAGCCGAAAUUUCACAGAUUUCAAAUGAACUCCAGCAAGCACAGGAAACCAUAAAAGGGCACUUGGAAGAAUCUAGUCAGUUAAAGGAGAAAUUGGUUGUGAAGGAAAGGGAAUACUCUACUCUCUUUGAGACGCAUGAGGCACAGGGAACUGAAACAUCGGCUCGAAUAAAGGAAUUAGAGGCACAAGUGACAGGCCUAGAACUGGAGCUGGAGGCUUUGCAGGGUCAGAAAAGGGAUGCGGAAAUGCAGAUUGCGAGUAUAGCAACUGAAGCAAAUCAAGUAAAAGAGGACAAUGUAGGACUGCAAGCCCAAAUCUCACAGCUUUCAAAUGAACUCCAGCAAGCAAAGGAGACCAUAAAAAGGCACUUGGAAGAUUCUAGUCAGUUGAAGGAGAAAUUGGGUGUAAAGGAAAGGGAAUACUCUACUCUUUCGGAGAUGCACGAGGCACACGGAACUGAAACAUCGGCUCGAAUAAGGGAAUUAGAGGCACAAGUGACAGGCCUAGAACUGGAGCUGGAGGCUUUGCAGGGUCAGAAAAGGGAUGCGGAAAUGCAGAUUGCGAGUAUAGCAACUGAAGCAAAUCAAGUAAAAGAGGACAAUGUAGGACUGCAAGCCCAAAUCUCACAGCUUUCAAAUGAACUCCAGCAAGCAAAGGAGACUAUAAAAGGGCACUUGGAAGAAUCUAGUCAGUUAAAGGAGAAAUUGGUUGUGAAGGAAAGGGAAUACUCUACUCUCUUUGAGACACAUGAGGCACAGGGAACUGAAACAUCGACUCAAAUAAAGGAAUUAGAGGCACAAGUGACAGGCCUAGAACUGGAGCUGGAGGCUUUGCAGGGUCAGAAAAGGGAUGCGGAAAUGCAGAUUGCGAGUAUAGCAACUGAAGCAAAUCAAGUAAAAGAGGACAAUGUAGGACUGCAAGCCCAAAUCUCACAGCUUUCAAAUGAACUCCAGCAAGCAAAGGAGACUAUAAAAGGGCACUUGGAAGAAUCUUGUCAGUUGAAGGAGAAAUUGGGUGUGAAGGAAAGGGAAUACUCUACUCUCUGUGAGAUGCAUGAGGCACAUGGGACUGAAACAUCGGCUCGAAUAAGGGAAUUAGAGGCACAAGUGACAAGCCUGGAACUGGAGCUGCAAUCUGUGAAAGGUGAGAAAAGAGACGUGGAAGUGAAGUUUGAGAGUAAAGAAGCUGAAGCUACGCAACUGAGAAAGGACAAUGUAGGACUGGAAGCCCAAAUUUUAAAACUCGAGUCAAUGUCAAAAGAGAGAGAAGACGAGCUUUCUGCCUUGACAAAGAAACUUGAGGAAAAUAACAACGAGUCAACGUCUAGAAUAGCAGAUUUGACAGAACAAAUCAAUAACCUGCUAGUGGAUAUGGAUUCUUUGCGUGCUCAAAAAGUUGAGUUGGAAGCAUUGAUGGUAAGUAAAGGUGAUAAAGCAUCAAUUCAGGUGAAAGGCUUAGUGGAUCAGGUGAAUUCACUUCAGCAAGAAUUGGAGUCCCUGCAUGGUCAGAAAGCUGAAUUGGAUGUGGAACUCGAGAGAAAAACUCAAGAAAUUUCUGAGUACUUGAUACACGUGCAACAAUUGAAAGAAGAGAUAACAAGCAAGACCCUGGAUCAACAGAAAAUUCUAGAAGAGAAAGAAAGUCUGACAGGAGAAAAUAAGAAUUUGGAGCUCAAGAUUGAUUCCAUUCAGAACCAAAACAAUGAGCUGGAAGAGCAAAUAAGAAGUAAUAUCCAAGAGAAUGGUCUGUUCAGAGAAGAAAUUGUGGAGCUAAAGGACAAAGUUUCUGAGUUAGAGAAAACGUUGAAAGAGAAAGAGGAUGAAUUAUGCUCUCUCCAGGAGGCACUUAAAAGUGGGGAAAAUGAAGCUUCUGUUCAAAUAAUAGCCCUAACAGCACAAGUUAACAAUCUGCAACAGGAUUUGGAAGCUUUGCAGACUCAGAAAAACGGGAUGCAGUUGCAGUUUGAGAGAGAGAAACAAGAACUUUCAGAAAGCCUGGCUGAACUGGAGAAUCACAAGAUUGAAUUAAUGAGCUCGAUCGCUAAUCAUCAGAUAAUGCUGAAAGAACGAGAAGAUUCACAUAAUAGGUUAAAUGAGGAACAUAAACAGGUUGAAGGCUGGUUUCAGGACUACAAAUCGAACCUUGAAGUUACAGAAAGGAAGGUCGAAGACUUCAGUAGGAAUAUCGAGUCCAAAGAUCAGAUAAUAGCUGAUUUGGAACUGACGGUUGAAGACCUGAAAAGAGAUCUGGAAGUAAAAGGAGAUGAACUUAGUACGGUGCUUGAUAAUAUCAGCAAUAUCGAAGUCAAGCUCCGCCUCUCGAACCAGAAGCUCCGGAUCACAGAGCAGUUACUAAGUGAGAAGGAAGAGAGCUUCAGAAAGGCAGAAGAAAAGUUCUUGGAGGAACGGAGAGUGCUUGAAGAGAGAAUUUCUGCACUGUACGAAGCAAUGGCUGCCAACAAGGAAGCUUACGAGAGGAUGAUCACAGAAAUCUCGGGGAAAGUAAACCGCACCAUGACUGAACUGGAAAUGGUGGUCCAGAAAUUUGAAGACAGCUACACACACUACACAAACUCUAUCAACACUGCAUCCAAUGAGCUUCAGAUUACAAAGAACUGGGUCGCGGAAACAACCAAUGAAAAGGAGAAGCUGAAGAAGGAAGUUGGUCAUCUAGCUGAGCAACUGCAAGACAAGAGACAACAAGAAUCAGAGUUACGGAUCCAAGUCGAGAACUUAGAAGCAAAGGCGGCGAAAGAGAAGGGGACUUUGACCAAAGCGGUGAACGUACUCGAGACGAAGGUGGUAGGCUUGGAGAAGAUGAUGGAAGAGAAGAACGAGGGAAUUUUGGGCCUGGGAGAAGAGAAGAGAGAGGCAAUAAGACAACUUUGCUUGUGGAUUGAUUAUCAUCGAAGCCGUUAUGACAAUCUCAAGGAAGUUCUCUCCAAGACGACCACUGUAAGAGUCCAGAGGGCAACUUAGUUAUUUAUUAUUCUUGACAGUUUGUGAUUUGUAUUAUGUGUCCCGUUGCAGCUAUUUUUAUGUAUUAUUUCUAUUGUUUCAUUUUUUUUUCUUUUCUAUUUCUUAUCGAAAACAAAAGGCAGGUCAGUGUGUUGAUAUAAAAUAUUGAGACUGGUAAGCACAUCAGACGGGUUUGGCUGCAAA